GGCGCGGGCGCUGUCCAGCGUGCUGAAGCCGGAGCGAGCUAGUCUCCCGGAGCCGCGCGGACCCAGCUGAGCCCAGCCCACUGGACGCCAGACCUCGACCACCGCUCGUAUCCUAGCCACCGCUCGGGGCCCAGGAGGACGCGUCCCGAUCUUCCCCUAUCCCCACCCCGCCCCGACCCUCCUCUCCACCUCCCGCGUCGUGACUCCAGCUGUCUCCGGCAGUCCUUUGGUCAUGAAAUCGCCCAGGUUGCCGGCUUCUGUCCUCUUCUGCUUCCUUCUACUGCCCAAGGGGUUGGGGGCAGCACCCUCGGGGCACCCUGAGGCUCAGCAACCUCCCCUCAGCACUGAAAAUAGAGAGCCAGUAGCUGGGGACGCAGUGAUCGGGCCAAAGGAUGUUAGCGCCCCAGAGGUCCGAGCCGCUCGAAAUUCAGAGCCGCAGGACGAGGGAGAGCUUUUCCAGGGUGUGGAUCCCCGGGCGCUGGCCGCGGUGCUGCUGCAGGCACUCGACCGCCCAGCCUCGCCCCCGGCGCCCGACGGCUCCCAGCAGCGGCCAGAGGAAGAAGCAUCAGAAGCUCUGCUGACCGAGACCGUGCGCAGCCAGACCCACAGUCUCCCAGUGCCAGAGACCCAGGCGCCCGCGGCCCCGCCUCGCCCUCAGACUCAGGAGAAUGGUCCCGAGGCAGGCGACCCCUCGGAGGAGCUCGAGGCGCUAGCUUCUCUACUCCAGGAACUGCGAGAUUUCAGUCCGAGCAGCGCCAAGCGCCAGCAAGAGACGGCGGCAGCAGAGACGGAAACCCGCACGCACACGCUGACCCGAGUCAACCUGGAGAGCCCCGGGCCGGAGCGCGUAUGGCGCGCUUCCUGGGGAGAGUUCCAGGCGCGCGUCCCGGAGCGCGCACCCCUCCCGCCCCCGGCUCCCCCGCAAUUCCAGGCGCGUAUGCCCGAGAGCGGGCCCCUUCCCGAAGCCCACCAGUUUGGAGAAGGAGUGCCCUCCCCCAAAACACACCUAGGUGAGGCAUUGGCACCCUUAUCCAAGGCGUACCAAGGCCUGGGCGCUCCCUUCCCCAAGGCGCGCCGGCCGGAGACCUCACUCCUGGGCGGCUCUGAGGCGGGGGAGCGCCUUCUACAACAAGGGCUGGCGCAGGUAGAAGCCGGGCGGCGGCAGGCGGAGGCCACACGGCAGGCCGCGGCGCAGGAAGAGCGGCUGGCCGACCUCGCCUCCGACCUGCUGCUCCAGUAUUUGCUGCAGGGCGGGGCUCGGCAGCGCGGCCUGGGGGGUCGGGGGCUGCAGCAGGAGGAGGAGGAGCGAGAGAGCGAGAGGGAGCAGGAGGAGGCGGAGCAGGAGAGACGCGGCGGGGAGGAGAGGGUGGGGGAAGAGGAUGAAGAGGCGGCGGAGGCGGAGGCGGAGGCAGAGGAGGCGGAGAGGGCGAGGCAGAACGCGCUACUGUUCGCUGAGGAGGAGGACGGGGAAGCCGGAGCCGAAGACAAGCGCUCCCAGGAGGAGACACCCAGCCACCGACGAAAGGAGGCUGAGGGGGCAGAGGAAGGUGGGGAGGAGGACGACGACGACGAGGAGAUGGACCCGCAGACUAUUGACAGCCUCAUUGAGCUGUCCACUAAACUCCACCUGCCAGCCGACGACGUGGUCAGCAUCAUCGAGGAGGUGGAAGAGAAGCGGAAGCGGAAGAAGAACGCCCCACCCGAGCCUGUGCCGCCCCCCCGGGCUGCCCCUGCCCCCGCUCAUGCCCGCUCCCCGCAGCCCCAGCCCCCCGCCCCUGCCCCGGCUCGAGACGAGCUGCCCGACUGGAAUGAGGUGCUCCCGCCUUGGGAUCGGGAGGAGGACGAGGUGUUUCCUCCAGGGCCCUACCACCCUUUUCCCAACUACAUCCGGCCGCGGACACUGCAGCCGCCCGCUGCCUCGCGCCGCCGCCACUACCACCACGCCCUGCCGCCUCCUCGUCACUAUCCGGGCCGGGAGGCCCAGGCGCGGCGCGCGCAGGAGGAGGCGGAGGCUGAGGAGCGCCGGCUGCAGGAGCAGGAGGAGCUGGAGAAUUACAUCGAGCACGUGCUGCUCCGGCGCCCUUGACUAGUCCUGGCCCCGCCCCCGCGCGCCGCGCGCGCCAGCCCCCCCUCCGUGUCGUUCUCCUCCCCUCUCGGUGUUUGCAUGCGCCCGGCCCCGCCCUCAGCUGCCGCCCGGCCCCGCCCCCGCCCAGCGCGCCACCCCGCCCCCGGGCCGCGCCGGGACCUAUCAGACCUCUCUCUCCUUGGGUCGGAAGCCCGAAAUCCCCAAACUCACUCACGGGUGUCCCGGGGCCAGCACAGGCGGGCGGGUAGUUUGUGCGAGUUCCCUGCCCCGGCGGGGCCCCCGUCCCCACCUAGUCCCUCUCGGGAUGUCCCGGUCUGAAACCGAAAAAAGCAUUUCCAGUUAAUUGUGUGAAGACUCUGUCUCCCGCUCUUUGGGCCUCUCAAGAGCCUCUCCGCCCUCUCUCGAUGGCUGUGAAUUUACCCCAUUCUUUCCCUACUCUACUGUAAAUACCCCUCACGGAGGAAAUAGUUUUGCUAAAAAAUAAAAGUGACUAUUUUAUUAGGA